AUGGAUCCGUUCUCGGACCCAUCUCGGCCUGCCGUCGACGCGGCACCCACUGCUCCUGACCCGCCGACGAGUGUCACAGAAGCCAUUGCAACGCCUGCAACCAUCGCCACCACCGCCCACCUGGCCAGGUUCGAGUUCAGCGACCAGGGCACAAAGGUCCUCAUGGUCGAGUGGCAUCCCGCCGUCGCUGCCGCUCCCGACCUCGAUGCCGCCCCAGCCCCAGCUUCAGCUCAAACUUCAACUCCCGUCCCAGCCUCAGCCUUGGGGCCUGCUGCUUGGCAGGUUUCGUGGUCCGGAAAGUCUGCCACUACUAUCAUCCCCGCCCGCGACGCCGACGAGGACGAAGCCGGGCCCCGCCGCCGAGUCUACUUUCUCCUCCCCCCUGAAGCUCCCAUCCCGCCGGCCGUCACCAUUGCCCGCUCUGGUCGAACGAGCCUCACCGUCAAGCCGCUGCCCGCCAUAUUCCCUCCCGGCUUCGACGCAGACGCCGGCGCCCGCGGCGUCCUCCAUACCCUCUGGGCCACGAGGCGCCUGUCUGAGCUACAGCAUGAGAUAGAUGCCGAGCUGAGGGCCAACGCCGAGAGUGUCGGUCUCGAGAUGGUAUUGGCCGAGAAGCAAUGGAUCCUCGACAACUUCCUGCGUGCGCGACCCCUCCCAGGGUCCCCACAGUUUUCAUCUCCAGCCCACCGCCGACUCGGCGAUAGGUUCAAGGGCCUCCGCCUGGCCACGUCUCCAGCUGAAUUGGUAGUCGCCGGCUCGACAGCGGAUGCUUUCACAAUGACCAAUCUCCCAUCUGCCGGGUCCUCAUAUCAAGGAGGUGACGUAGCCAUCUCGUCUUUCUUGGACAUGUCGCGCCGCGACCAACACCAUGGCUCAGUACCGGCCAAGACGAGUACACAGGAUGGAGAGGAUGACCUCUUCGCCUUGCCCUUGAGCCCUCGCAGCCCGGACAUGAAGAAGAGCCCCUUUAGCGCCUUAUAG